UAGUGGAGGCCAAUUCUCUGGAUGCUUUCUGAAGGAGCUAGAUAGGUAUCUUAUGGAUAGGGGAAUCAAGGGAUAUGGGGACAAGGCAGGAACCGGGUAUUGAUAGUAAUUGAUCAGCCAUGAUCUCAAAAUGGCGGUGCAGGCUCGAAGGGCCGAAUGGUCUACUUCUGCACCUAUUGUCUUUUGUCUAUUACAGGAAUUUCUAGAGUGCCUACAAGCUGGCUUUUUGGAGCAACUCGUGGCUGAGCCCACAAGAGGAUCAGUUAUUCUAGAUUGGGUGUUGUGCAAUGAACCAGCAUUGAUUAGAGAGCUGAAGAACUGGGAAGAUGCUAUUAGGCACAAGAAUAAAAGAGAAACCUACACACUUCCAGUCAUCAGAAAAAACAUUUGUUUUUAACUUUAAGUCAGGACAACAGUCAUAUGUGCUGUCUGCACCCCUCCAGAUCCCAAUGCAAGGAAGCAUCAAUGAUUUACAUGGACGUCUUAUGCUCUUACAUAGUCUUCCUUAUUUUGUUGAGAAUGAUUUAAAAAAUUCCCUUUAUCAAUUUAUUAAUGAAGAAACUGAAAGGAAUUAUGACAAAGAAGCAGAAGCUGCAUUAGAAAAAGUAAAAAGCAGCGAAUUGAAUACUGAGCAGCUUGUUAAUGCUUGGGCAAAAGCUUAUCAUGAGACCACAUUGGAAUAUGCUCAGCCUGAAGAGCCAAGCUGGGAUGAAGAUUUUGCAGAUGUAUACCAUGACUUGAUACAUUCUCCAGCCUCUGAGACUCUGCUAAACCUGGAACAUAAUUACUUUGUCAGAGUUUCAGAGCUCAUAAGUGAAAGAGACAUGGAAUUAAAGAAGCUACAGGAAAGGCAGUCUGUAGAAAUGGACAAAGUAAUGCAAGAACUAGGAAACACACUUACAGAUCAAGAUGUAAACUCAGUUGCUGCUCAACAUUUUGAUUCCCAACAGGUACUGGAAAAUAAAUGGGCCAGUGAACUGAAACAACUAAUGACAAUUCAGAAACAGGAAUACCAAGAGUGGGUAAUAAAACUACAUCAAGACAUGAAAAAUCCUAACAACAGUAAAGUCAGUGAGGAAAUCAAAGUAAAGCAAAGUCAAUCUACAGUAACAAAUGAACGAAUGUUUGAAGAGCGAUCACUGUUGGAAGAAAGUUUUACUAUACAUUUAGGAGCCCAGUUGAAAACCAUGCACAACUUGCGCCUAGUGAGAGCUGAUGUCCUGGACUUUUGUAAGCACAAGCGCAAUCAGCAAAGUGGUGUUAAACUUCAGAGAUUACAGACAGCACUGUCACUAUAUUCCACUUCCCUCUGUGGGCUUGUCUUGCUUGUUGAUAACCGCAUCAAUUCCUACAGUGGUAUCAAGCGAGAUUUUGCAACAGUUUGCCAGGAGUGCACAGAUUUUCAUUUCCCUAGAGUGGAACAGCAGCUUCAGAUUGUCCAACAGGUUGUACUUUAUGCAAGUGCUCAACGUAACAAGAAAAUAAAGGAAAGAGCUGAGCUACCAAAUGGAAAUGGAGGGAGUGAAGAUAAGUCAAAGAUUGGAGAAAGAAAUCCAUCAAAUAUUUUACCAGGAGAAUUUUACACCACGAGGCAUUCUAAUCUUUCCGAAGUUCAUGUUGUUUUUCACCUGUGCGUGGAUGAUAAUGUAAGAUCUAGCAAUAUUACAGCCCGUGAUCCAGCAAUUAUGGGCCUACGGAAUAUUCUGAAAGUCUGUUGCACCCAUGACAUUACUACAAUCACAAUCCCUCUAUUACUAGUGCAUGAUAUGUCCGAGGAGAUGACAAUACCUUGGUGUCUGAAAAGGGCAGAGCUUGUGUUUAAGUGUGUAAAAGGUUUUAUGAUGGAAAUGGCAUCAUGGGACGGAGGAACUUCUCGUACAGUCCAGUUCCUUGUACCACAGAGUAUUUCAGAAGAAAUGUUCUACCAGUUGAGCAACAUGCUACCUCAGAUCUUUAGAGUGUCAUCUACCCUGACCCUGACCUCCAAGCGAUGAACAAACAAAUGAACUACUGAACAGCAAGUGAGUUAUGUUGACAAGUCACUUUUUGUGUGGGCUUCAGACAAGAUAAUAAAAAUGAUCAACUCUGGAUGUUUCCCACAGCAAUUCAGAAAGACUUUUUUUUUCAUUUCAGCAGAAUCUCAAACAUUUAUAAUUGUUGCACUUAAGUUGAAAUAUGCAUCAAAAUUUAAUGUACUGUCACAAUGAAGAUGAUGUCUUAAAGUUGAUCCUUGUCUCCUUUUAUAGACUUAAAAGUUACCAAGUACUGUUACAAGCACAUUUAAUGAGAUGGACUAGAUUCCUCUUCCUAUAAUUUCAGUAAAGUUAUGGUUUAAUUGCUCUGCCAAAAUGAAGAGAUUUGAUGUGAAUGCAAUAAGCCUUUGUACAGUUACAUCCUCACUAUAUUUCAAGACUAUGGAACAUAUAAUAAUGAAAAUAUAUUCAAAAUUAUUCCAUUUCUAAUUCUCAUAUUUGUACAUGUGUGAGGCAAAGUUGUUGGCCGAAAAAAAAUUAGAUUUGUGAAAGUGGUUGCUGCCUAUAACUUGCUUUGGGUAACAUUAGGUGAUGAUAAAUUUCAUAUUUGUGUACAACUAGCUAUUUAAUUGUGGAACUUGAACUAUUUUCCCAUGCUUUUUAACUUUAUGCAGCUAGUUUGCCUAUCUAAAUCCAUUAAACAUUGAUCAUAAAUGAGGCAGUCAACUAAUACAUUUUUUGUUCUGCGACUUAAAACACAGAUGUGGCAUCAGAACCACCAACAUAUUGCAAUGAUGUAUAAAUAUAGGAUUAAUAAGUGCAAAGUGAUUCACAUAUCAUAUAAGUUGUUAUAAUUUUAUUCAGUUUCAAGUUUCAACUGUGACUUAAUUCCCAAUGGUGAUUCUCUGAGUUCAUAUCCUAAUAUGUAAUUUAUAGGAUUUUAUAUAUGUAUUUAGAAUGAUGUCACUUUGGAUGUUUAGUAACAUUAAAGGCUCAUCUGCACCCAAUUAAGUAACACUAAAAUGGAAAGUUAUGUUUAAAGUUGGUAUAACAGAGAGCCAUUUGUAAUUGAUUUGUGGCGCCAUUUGUAAUUAAUUUGUGGCAUUACUGUUUAUCUGCAGGCUCACGGGUAACAAAUACAUUAUUCAUUAUUUUUCACAUAUUUGUAUAACAGAAAUUGUUAUCUUCAAUUGCACUGUUGUACAGAGUAAUGAAUGAAAACAGUUCAAAAUAUUUAGAAUCGUGCGGAAAUAGUUACCUGUAAUCUCAUGAAUUGUCUCAAGCGUGUACAUUUUGUAUUUGAAGAAGUAAACAUACUGCAUUUUUAAAAACUGA